GGACAUGUGAAGGGGUGACUGUGAAGAUAAAUUAUUUACAGGAAAAAACUGUUCUUCUCGUUUCCGCUCAGCUCUGAGAGACAAAGUCCACGGAGAGACACACUUAGACACACACAGACAGACCCACAGACAGACAGCUGACAGUCGCACACUCCCCUCCCGGGACAGCGGCGGUGUGAGGUGGUGAGGUUCCCCGGCUGUGUGCUCGGGCCAUGCGGGGUCAGCGGGAUGGAGGAAAAGCCCAGAGUGUCUCCGUUCAAGAACUUCGUGGCUGGGGGUGUCGGAGGAGCGUGUCUGCUGCUGGCCGGACACCCACUGGACACCAUCAAGGUGAGACUACAAACACAGCCCAAAGCCGCUCAGUAUGUGCUCUACACAGGAACGUAUGACUGCUUACGCAAGACCGUAUCCAAAGAGGGCAUCCUUGGUCUCUAUAAAGGUAUGGGGGCUCCCCUGGCAGGUGUGGCUCCUAUGAUGGCCAUCAGUUUCUUUGGGUUUGGUCUUGGAAAACAGCUCCAACAGACGGCCUCUGGAAAACCGCUCACGUACCAUCAGAUAUUCCUGUCCGGCUGUCUGGCAGGAGUCUUCACUACAGUGAUAGUAGCUCCAGGAGAGAGGAUCAAAUGUUUGCUACAGGUGCAGUCGAGCGGUGGAAGGUCCAAGUACGCAGGUCCGCUGGACUGUGCGGUCAGGCUCUAUAAGGAGCAGGGGAUCCGCAGCGUCUACAAAGGAACUGUGCUCACUCUCAUCAGAGACGUGCCUUCUAGCGGUCUGUACUUCCUCACGUAUGAAUACCUCAAGGACUUCCUGACCCCUGAGGGUCAAAGUGUGUCUCAGCUCAGCACUCCCAGAAUCCUCCUGGCUGGUGGUGUAGCCGGAAUAUUAAACUGGGUGAUUGCACUUCCUCCAGACGUGCUCAAGUCCAACUUCCAGACAGCUGCUGAUGGGAAGUACAGAGGUCUGGUGGACGUCCUGCGAGCGCUGCUUCGAGAAGAAGGACCUAAAGCUCUCUACAAGGGCUUCAAUGCCGUUUUCCUGCGAGCCUUCCCAGCCAACGCUGCUUGUUUUCUGGGAUUUGAGGUGGCUUUAAAGGGCCUGAACCUGCUCGCACCGAGCUGGUGAAAGAAGACAGAAGACCUCAAACAGUCUUGGUGAAAUAUUAUUGUUUAAUCUGAAGUGUACUUUUAAACUUUUAAAAAUAUCUUUUUCAAAAUGUGGUGUCUGUGUCUGUGGGAGCAGUGGAAACAUGUACAAUUUGAGAGACAGCAUCCUUUCUAUAUUCUGUAGUUUGGAGAACACUGAGCUCUUUCCUCACUCUUUUAUAAUUUGCAGACUGUUUGUAAUGUUUGUAAAAUAUUAGAUAAACACUCGAGUUUUACUUAGAUAAACAUGGUUUUGUAACAAUCUAUCAGCUCUGCUUAACAUGGAGUUAUUCUGGUAGAAAUCAUAGACUCUGUGUGUGAGAGGGACGUAGGCACGAUGCAGUAACCAGUGAGCGUCCUCCUCUUUUCACCACCCUAAUAUUGUUACUGAAUGUAACGAGCUGAGGUACUGCGGGACACUCAAUCACAAGGUAGACCCGCCCGUAAUCCUCCCCUGUUUCCUGGACCAUUCUGACUGAUGGGACCAUAAUUUCCAAAAGAAACACCAUCUUUUAUUUAAUAAAACUUGAAAACAGUAACUGAGACCAUAAAGUCAUCAGCAAAGCGUUUACUGUCCUCAAAGAUCGGAUGCAGUCAGCACAGUCUUCUUCUUGCCCCCUGCUGGAUAUUAGAGAGAAUGCAGUUUUAAGAUCCUUGUGACCCUAUGUUCAUGGAGUGAAUAGGUAUGUAUGGGCAGAUUAUUUUUUAUUAGUUUUAUUCAAAGUGUGUGAAUAAAGUCUUCAGUUUGCUGUAUAAAUAGUCACUGUUUAGCCCAAUGCUGCAUCCCUAACAUGACAAACUGGACCGCUGCACAUGAAAGUUUCAGCAAAUCUUCAUGUCCUGUUGUCUACAAGUUCCAGACCUCUUCUUCUUCUUCCUCUUUUUCACAGCAGAUCAUCUGCCUUCAUCUCCUCCAUCUGCCUUUGCAUCCUCUUCUGUCACACCAACUCUCUGCAUGUCCUCCAAACAUGCCUCCCCCCUCUCCUCUUCCUUUGUCUUUGGUCAGUAGUAGCAGAGUUUCCACUACUAUCCAGCUGCUCGUAUGCACCAGUGCAGUCAUAAUAAUUUUAGGUGUGUCCAGUAUCCUGGUAUGUACCUUUGAAUGUUAAGUACAUGCUGUUUAUUAGAGAGAAUAAUACAGUGUGGAUGCUACACAGGCACAACUAAGCUCCCAAACAGACAUUCCUGGGUGGUGAUGAGAUACUAGCAUCAGUAUUGCUUCAGUGUAAGUGUUUAAAUAGAUGAUGUCACUUUAAUAGACGUGGUAUUGUUUUAAAUGGGCCCCUGGCUCCACUGCAGGGACAAAGGGUUGCAUCUGCACUUGUAUAUGAAGGUUUUGAAGAGAUCAUUUUGCCUCUGCGUGACCUGAACAGGUGUGGAGACCGAACAAUUACACAGCAGAAAUGAUGCAAAUACUGUUGCCAUAACGGAGCAGAAGAGGUUUUUUUCUUUAUGGUCAUUUUAAAUAACAAGCAAACCUGAUGAUAAUGAUGAGACCAAAAAUGUUUGUGGGAAAUCUAAAGACUGCAUUGAACAAAAUAAAUUCAAAUAUAAACUGGU